CUGCAUACAAAAUCGACUACCUCCCAAACUCGAGACUCCAACCCCUACCGAGCGGAGGAGCAGGAGGAGGCCGCCCACCACCACCGCCACCCACCACACCACACCACCAUGGCCAUGGCGACGGCGCUCCGCAAGCUCUCCUCCAACGCCCUCCGUGGCCAGCCCCUCUCCCGCCUCACGCCGCUCUACUCCAUGGCGUCCCUGCCGGCGACGGAGGAGAGAUCCGGUGUCACCUGGCCGAAGCAGUUGAACGCGCCGCUGGAGGAGGUCGAUCCUGAGAUUGCCGACAUCAUCGAGCUCGAGAAGGCCCGCCAGUGGAAGGGGCUGGAGCUCAUCCCGUCAGAGAACUUCACGUCGUUGUCAGUGAUGCAGGCGGUGGGAUCCGUCAUGACGAACAAGUACAGCGAGGGAUACCCUGGCGCGAGAUACUACGGUGGAAAUGAAUACAUUGAUAUGGCUGAGUCGUUGUGCCAGAAACGUGCUUUGGAGGCUUUCAAUUUGGACCCAGAGAAGUGGGGAGUGAAUGUGCAACCUCUCUCGGGUUCGCCUGCUAACUUCCAUGUAUACACUGCUCUGUUGAAGCCACAUGAUAGAAUCAUGGCUCUGGAUCUUCCCCAUGGUGGACAUCUUUCUCAUGGUUACCAGACUGACACUAAGAAGAUCUCAGCAGUUUCAAUAUUUUUUGAGACAAUGCCUUACAGACUGGAUGAAAGUACUGGCUUGAUUGAUUAUGACCAGAUGGAGAAAAGUGCCGUUCUUUUUAGGCCAAAGUUGAUUGUUGCUGGUGCAAGUGCAUAUGCUCGCCUUUAUGAUUAUGACCGCAUGCGGAAGGUCUGUGACAAGCAGAAGGCAAUACUUCUCGCAGACAUGGCACACAUCAGCGGGCUAGUUGCUGCUGGUGUAAUUCCAUCUCCUUUUGAUUAUGCAGAUGUAGUGACUACCACCACUCACAAGUCCCUCCGUGGACCACGUGGAGCCAUGAUCUUUUUCAGGAAGGGGGUGAAAGGGACAAAUAAGCAAGGAAAAGAGAUUAUGUAUGAUUUUGAAGACAAAAUCAAUGCUGCUGUCUUCCCUGGUCUGCAAGGUGGGCCACAUAAUCAUACUAUUACUGGCUUGGCUGUUGCACUUAAGCAGGCAACUACACAAGAGUACAGAGCUUAUCAAGAGCAAGUUAUGAGUAACUGUGCUAGAUUUGCUCAGAGCUUGACUUCAAAAGGCUAUGACAUUGUCUCUGGUGGGACUGAUAACCAUUUAGUCUUGGUGAAUCUCAAGAAUAAGGGGAUAGAUGGUUCAAGAGUGGAGAAGGUUUUAGAAAAUGUGCAUAUUGCAGCAAACAAGAACACAGUUCCUGGUGAUGUUUCAGCUAUGGUACCAGGAGGCAUCAGGAUGGGAACCCCAGCGCUUACAUCAAGAGGAUUUGUGGAGGAAGACUUUGCCAAGGUUGCUGACUUCUUUGAUUCAGCAGUGAACUUGGCCUUGAAGGUUAAAGCUGCAACAACAGGUGGAACCAAACUGAAGGAUUUUGUUGCCACUUUGCAAUCCGACAGCAGCAUCCAAGCUGAAAUUGCAAAGCUUCGUCAUGAUGUGGAGGAAUAUGCGAAACAGUUCCCAACAAUUGGGUUCGAGAAAGAGACCAUGAAGUACAAGAACUAAGAACUGUUGUGUUGCAACAGCAAGUUUUUCUUGCAGGAUGCAAACAAAGAAGCUAUAGAUCGAUUAUCAGGACACUUACGAGGGCAAGUUCAUGUAAACAUAGAUCGAUAUAUGGCGGAGCGCCAUUUUAUGUAAAAAGGAUCCUGGCAUUUUACAGAAUAUGGAGACUUUGUUAAUAGUUCUUACUGUAGGCAACUGCUGUAAGAUGCUAUACCGAUGCUAUGUUAAUCGCCAACGCCAAUCCUUCUCGGACAUGCAAUUUAAUUCCACUUUUUUUUUCUCUGUU